GUCUGCGGCAUUGUUUCCGCUGUUACGACAGGCAUUAUAAAGCAAUUGUCCGGUAAGAUAUCCAAGCACGACACUCACAUAGCCCUAGCAAGAGCAAAGGCUAACACCAUCGCCGACUUGGUCUCCAAGGCUCUGCGGGACCGCCGCAUAGACGACACGGAGUUUUCUUUGAUCCUCGCGGAGGAAAAGAAAUACGGCGAAUUAAAGUCGGGCAAUAAAAAAACCAUCGUGAAAGAUCUUUCCGAGGAAUCUCGCAAACAGAUCUACCAGAAGGCAAA